GGCAAAAGAUACAGAAAAUUUAGUUAGUCUGAAGUAAUCUAUUCAGUAGUUGCAACAUUUUUAUGAGGAUUAACUCCAAGCAAAUAACGUCAUAAUGGCCUACUCCUGGGAUAAUCGUGUUGAUUUUGUAGUUCGAUAUAUGUAUGAUAUUGACAACAAUGGAUUCUUGGACCAGAAUGACUUUCUUUGCAUGGCAGUUAGAGCUUGUGUCGUUGAAGGAAAGGGAGAUUGCAGCACUUCUCGAUUAGAUGACUAUAAAAAACUUAUGAAAAACUUAUGGGAGGAAAUUUCUGCGAUCGCUGAUGAUGAUAAGGAUGGAAAAAUAUCUAAUCAAGAGUUUAAGGAUGCAGUAAAAAAAACGUGUGUGGGUAAAAAAUACGAGGAAUUUCCACAGGUAAGAAAGUUGUUUUACACAAAAAAAAUAUAUAUAUUAAAAAAAAAAAACAGUAAGGUUCUCGCAUAGAAAGGCAUAAUAUAU